AUGACGACACGAGCGAAGAGCUCCCAACUACUUUCUGAAGGAUACAAAAGCUGCAAGGCCGUUGGAGCAAGGACAACCACUAGUGACAACGACGCCAAGGACGUACCGAGCACGUGCCAUGAAGGAAAAGACAAUCUUACCCUCCCCUCUCCAUCUCUUAUAAAUAGCAUGUCUGUAAUAGUAGAAGGGACCGAUCUUUUCUCUCAAGUUUUACAUGUACUCACCAUGGGAAUUGAUGAUCCUUGUAAGAAUCUGGCUAAGGAUUUUGACACAGUCGCGGGAGAGUCAGUAACCGGGAAGACUGGGAUCCCUUCGACCCAAGGGAUUAACUUGUCUGAACUCACACCACCAGGUUUCACCACUUUCAACAACCCCGCCUCGGGGCCUACUGGGACUACUCCGGCAACAACACAGUCUCUGAUCGGAACUUCAGCACCAGGGGGUACAGUGCCUACUUCCACACAACGGCUCCUCAAUGUCACGGUCACUGAACAAAUGCUAGCAAUGCUCAACUAUGCCACAAUCCGGCAACUGGCAGGGAUGCAGCCCUCUCCCAUUAUCCCGACAGGAUUGGGAGAAGCCGAGCCCGUAACACACAGGAAAACCACCACAGCACCAGCCCAGGACAAGGACCGCGAAUUACCUAACAUAUCACACCCGGUCACGCGAAAGGAAAUGGGAAAUACCGGGGAAGGACAAGGGAAGAACAAGAGGAAGUUUGUCACUAACAGUGUCCAAAUCGAGGAUGUAGGCGACUCUACAAGUGGCACUACUCCACAGCGCAGUCGGGGCACCCAAAGGGAGAACACCAGACUCAAAGAGAGAGUAUCAUUCCUUAAAAGUCAGCUGAAGAGCCUAGAAACGGAACUGAGAGAGCAUCCCCAAGAGACCGUAAGAAACGAAGUCUCCGACGAGGAAGCAUAUUCAUCGGAGGAACAGGAGGAAGAGCUUCGAAGGGAAAUUCCACACAAGCGCAGGGCCAUGGGCACAUCUGGGGGAAGAAGGAGGAAUGCACCUCACCGACAGUUCCAAGAGAAUGGGAAAGACCGCUAUAUCUUUGAUGGAUGUCAAACAAGAACCACAGGAAUCACUAAGGGAGUACGUGGCCAGGUUCAACAUGGCCGUGUGGACUACAGAGACCUCAACGCAGCUUGCCCUAAGGACUGUUACCCGCUCCCUCGAAUAGAUCAACUGGUGGAUGCUACUUCAGGGUGUGAACUCUUGUCCAUGAUGGACGCAUACCAAGGAUAUCAUCAGGUAAAGAUGCAUCCGGAUGAUGUAACCAAAACCGCCUUCGCAGUGUGCACAGGAGUCUUCGGGUGGGAAAGCAUGCCCUUCGGCCUUAAGAAUGCAGGGGCCACAUACCAGCGUAUGAUGGACAAAAUUUUUAGAACACAGCUGAGGAGAAAUAUCUCGGUAUAUGUCGAUGACAUGUUGGUGCGCAGCAUUAAGGCCAGCUCCCACGUGGCCGAUCUGGAGGAAACCUUCUCAGUAGUCCGCAAGAACAAACUCAUGCUCAAUCCCGCUAAGUGCACCUUCGGGGUGCAGUCAGGAAAGUUCUUGGGUUACAGGGUAACACCGGAAGGGAUCGAAGUCAAUAAUGACAAGGUUAAAGCUAUUCUGAACAUGACCUCACCCAGGAAUGUCAAAGAAAUCCAAACACUCAAUGGGCGAAUUACCGCGUUGAGCCGGUUCAUUUCACGCUCAGCUGAGCGAAGUCUCCCGUUCUUCAAGGUUCUACGGAAAGGAAGUCGGUUUGAAUGGAGUGGUGAGUGCCAAAAAGCCUUCGAAGACCUAAAAGCUUACCUGACCAAACUACCAGUAUUGACAAAACCCUCUCCAGGGGAACCAUUAUACUUAUACAUCUCCGUGGGAGUUGAAUCUCUGAGCUCAGUGCUGGUCCGGGAGGAGGAUCGGCAACAAAAACCCAUAUACUUUGUAAGCAAGGUCAUCCAAGGUGCGGAGCUGUGCUACACCGAAGUCGAGAAGACCGCAUACACGAUCAUGAUCACGGCCAGAAAGUUAAGGCCAUACUUCUUAUCACACAAGGUCAUUGUGAGGACAAUAAUACCAUUCAGACAAAUCCUGGGACGACCCGAUCUGGCGGGAAAGAUGGUGAAAUGGGCUAUAGAACUGGGGGAGUAUGAGGUCGAGUUCGAGCCGCGCACUGCCAUCAGAGCACAGGCACUAGCGGACUUUAUUCAAGAGGCAACACGGUGGCCUAUGAGGGGACCAUGGGUAGCGCAGGUCGAUGGAUCGGUCACCAAAGAAGGGUGUGGGGUGGGAAUCUACAUCACCUCGCCUGAAGGGGAAAUCUAUCAAUUUGCUAUCAAGUUCGAGGAUAAGCUAUCUAAUAACGAAGCUGAAUAUGAGGCAGUGUUGAGAACAGCCCACAUAUUCCGGGAGCUCAGAGCCGACAAUGUGGUGAUCAAAACCGACUCUCAAUUGGUGGCACAACAGUUGAAUGGAGGCUACGAGAUAAAAGAAGAAAGAAUGAAGCAGUACUUUAACAAGGUCCAAGAGAUAGGGAUGAAGUUUGAGAAACUCGAAAUACAGCAAGUGCCGAGAGAGGAAAAUCAGCGAGCGGACCUCCUGGCUAGAAUGGCCAGCGCAGUCGAACAAACCUGGAGGGGGGACAUUACCUUGGUAUUCGAACCUAAGAGAGAAAUGGCUGCGCAAGUGUGCAACAUCGAAACUAAGGAUGACUGGAGAACGCCCAUCAUAUACUAUCUGAAAAAUGGUAAACGGAUGAAAGAGGAUACUUCGAGAUAUGCCAAAUACGAGAAUUACUGCAUCAUUGGCGAUCAGCUCUAUAAGAGGUCCUUCACACACCCGUUUUUGAAAUGCCUGGCCCCCGAAGAAGCACAAUUUGCCUUAAAGGAGAUCCAUCAAGGGUGCUGCGGUAACCAUGGUGGACAUAGGGAUUUGACAAAAAAGAUAAUCAGAGCAGGAUUCUACUGGCCCGGAAUUAGCAAAGAAUCGAAGGCCUUCGUGCAAAAAUGCGAGGCUUGUCAAAAACACGCCCCCAAAAUCAAUAUACCAGGGGAAGAAAUGGGGAUCAUGCAUGCUGCGCAUCCUUUCGACAAAUGGGGAAUCGACAUUGUGGUUGCCGUAGACUACUUCUCUAAGUGGAUCGAGGCGGAAGCUGUCACCAAAAUCGAUGAUAACACAGUGGAAAAAUUCAUAUGGAAGAACAUCUGUUGUCGAUAUGGGGUGCCAAGAAUUUUGGUUUCGGACAACGGAACCCAGUUCACGAGCAAGAAGAUCGAAGAUUUUUGUUCUCGGAUGGACAUCACACAGAAAUUUGUGUCAGUAGCCCACCCUCAAGCCAACGGACAGGUAGAAUUGGCAAAUCGCACCAUAUGUGAAGGGAUCAAGAAGAGACUCGAACGAAGCAGGGGACGAUGGGUUGAGGAGCUAGAUACAGUGUUAUGGGCACUUAGAACCAGCCCGAAAACCGCAACCGGAGAGGCUCCUUUCACUUUGGUAUACGGGUCGAACGCUGUGGUGCCUGCUGAGGUAAGGCUAGAAUCUCAUCGGAUUACUACCUAUGACACUGCACAGAAUGAGGAACUGCGCCGACUCGACUUGGAUUUGAUUGAGUUACAGAGAGAGGAAGCACAAGUGAGGGCGGCAAAAUACAAAAGUAUCAUCAAAGCUGGUUACGACAAGAAGGUGAAGCCGCGCAGACUUGGGAAAGAAGACUUAGUACUCAAACGGGCAGACGCAUUGAAGCCCGUAGGGAAAUUUGAAGCCAACUGGGAAGGUCCUUUUGUUAUCACGGAGGUCCUAGGGGGAGGAGCUUAUCAUCUAGCAGAUCAAGGAGGGCGACCCCUGACCAGGCCAUGGAACAUAAGUAACCUUAAGAAAUUCUACGUGUGA